GUUUUCGCGUUGACGUCAGAGGCCUCCGCGCGGGGGCCGCUGGGAGGGAGCGCGAGGAUGGUGGCCGGCGCCUUCCCGCUGGCCAAGCUGAUGUACUUGGGCGUCCGGCAGCUCUCCAAGCCCCUGGCCGCGCGCAUCAAGGCAGGGGCGCGCGCCAGCCCCUUCUUCCGCCAGUACAUCUGCGGGCCUCCCGCGCAGAUUUAUCACUGGAUCGAGAUGCGCACCAAAAUGCGGAUCAUGGGCUUCCGGGGUGCUGCCAUCAAGCCCUUGAACGAGGAGGUGGCGGCCGAGCUGGGUGCGGAACUGCUGGGUGAAGCUAUAGUCUUUGGUGUGGGCGGGCUGUGCAUCUUCUUGGAGUACUCCCGCCAGACAACCAACUCCAAGAAGAAAGAAGAGGAGCUGAACAGCACUCUCCUGGGUCUGCAAGAGCAAAUAUCAGAGCUCGCCUUGACUGUGGAAACGCUGGAUGCGCAACUCCGCGAGGUCAACCGGGCACUUGUGGCUGCCCCGGCCUCUCCCAGGAAAUGACUGGCCUCCGGGGAAGAUGCUGCUUUCUGGAACUGGGGCCUCAGGCGAGAGGGAUGAAAGAAUCUUUCCCCCUCCCCACCACGUGGAUCGGCGGAGCAGGGGGCAUUAUAUGCAUCAGGUUUUGACUGCUGGUGGAUUGCCUGACCUCUUCCUACCAUGUAAAUAAUGAAUCAUUAAAAAUGAGUGAGAGGUUGUUCACACAGGUGAUCCUGUAGGUGCUACUGCUAUUGUCCGAAAACAUCUUGUAAGUCCAGGGGUUUAAAGAUGAGGGGCUGUAUUGUUCCAGCAUUGGAUGUGGCAGCUGGUGGUGCUCAGAGUUAGAUUGUGAAUUAAAUGAGGCUCAAGGAG